AUGGCGUCCCUAACAAAAUGGCGCCUGCUUAUAUUGUGCUAUUCGUUUUUGUUUAUAGAUAUGGCAAUGUCUUCCCAGGAGGUUAUGGAAAAGCUCACUGCGGGCUUUACAAAAGCGUUAGAGGAAUGUAAGAAAGAGUUAAAUCUGGGUGGACACAUAAUGCAAGACUUCAUGAACUACUGGCGGGAGGAGUAUGAGCUGUUGAAUCGUGAUCUGGGCUGCGCUAUCAUGUGCAUGGCAUCUAAGCAUGACCUCAUUACUGACGAUUUAAAAUUGCAUCAUGGAAAAGCGCAUGAGUUCGCUAAAACUCAUGGAGCAGACGACGACUUAGCCAAGCAGUUAGUGACGAUGAUACACGACUGCGAAAAUAAUCAGCCAGAGAGCAGUGACGAUUGCAUGAGAGCCCUGGAAAUCAGCAAGUGCUUCCGGAAGAAGAUCCACGACUUGAAGUGGGCUCCUUCUAUGGAAACAGUACUGGAGGAGAUUAUGGCUGAUAUAUAGGUUUAAUGCCCAAACGUUGACCUUGGCUCUUCAAAUGGGCUAAAAUGGAUAACAAAUGAAGAAUCAGUCUUCUCAAUAUUAUUAUACCUGAUGCCAAUAUAAUAUUUAACUUUUUUACAGCUGCCCAGAAUAGGAACCGCUAGUGACAUUGGCUAUUAAAUUUUUAACAGGCAAUCAGAUCAGUAGAAAUGUCUAACAUUUUGAAUAAACAAAGCCUCCACUGUUACAUACUCGAAGAUAAGUUUAAUCUAAUGGUGUAAAUUGAAAUUUAAAUAGAAGUAGAAACUAUGGCGUGCUUAAGCUUAUUCUAAGCUAAGCUUUCUAAGCUUAUAUAAUAUUAUAAAACUUAAAGACGUCAAUAAAAGCUAUCCGUUUUAGCCCUGUUUAAUUAUAACGCUUCUCCCAAAAACUGGUCAGUAUGCCCCUAUUGAACUUUAGCUAUUAAGUGGUACGGUGGUAAGAGGUUAAUAAACUUUUGUUCAUCUUA